GGCAAGAACAAGCACUUCCAGUGUCCUGACAUCAAGCAGGAAGUGACGUCAUCCUGGCGCCAGCUUGAAUAAGUAGCAUGCAGCAGUAGGGAGAGUUUGUAGCUGGGUCAUAACUGUGUAGGGGGUGGAAGAAAGUAGUCAUCCCUCACCUGGGCUAGCUGUGGACAUAGGGCAGGUUUCAAGGUAAAAAAUAAAUCAAGGGUUUGGUAUUUUUAUUCAGUGGAUCUCCAAAAUGACAAAACUUACAGCAGAUAUUCUUUUAAAGAAAGGUCUUCCUAAAUCAACUUCUCUAAAAGAUGUGAAGAAAUUAGAUCUCUCAAAAAUGCACCUGGAAACAAGAGAUCUAGACCCAAAGCUCUUUUCUCACAUGGUAAAUCUUGAAGAACUUGAUAUUUCUGGAAACCUUCUAUCCGAAAUCCCCGUCAACCUGAAACUUUGUAAUCUACGAGUUUUAAAUAUCAAUGAUAAUCAAGUUGAAGAGAUCACAGUUUUGAAGGAGUUUCCAAAUCUUGAGGAGGUCCUCUACGAAGACAAUCUGUACCUGACUGUGAGCGAUAAUCACAAGGUGUUUUGUCUCUUACCCAAGUUACGAAGGCUGAAUAAUAAAGAUAUAACCUCUUUAGCUAAUCAUGUUAGGUUUGUCAAUCACCGAGAGCUAAGUAACAGGGUUGAAUCUUACUGGGAAAAAAAUUAUAAAGACAAAUUGCCCAAGGAACCUUCCACAGAAAAAAUAAAAGCUGUAGGUAAAGACUUUAUGAAAACUGUUGUGAAUAAUGUUCGCUACGGGCCAAAUUCUCUAAAAGACUUUACCAAGUGGAAGGUUCAAUUAAUUGCUGAAAACCUCCUCUCCUCCUUGCUGGUUAGCAACGAAAGUGACAUAGAGACUACAUUAGAUCAAACCUCUAAAAACAAUGCAACCAAGGCAUUGCAAAGUUCCAACCGAAAGAAGCACAAUGGAGACUCACCAGAAGAAUCUCCCAAAAAAAGGGUUCGAAUAACCGAUGAUCUGUCUUCUACAACUCUGUCACCACAAAGUUCUAAAAAAUUACUUGAAAAAUCAUUUAGGAUUACGCCAGUCAAGCAAAAACAAGAAUGCACACCAAAAGACCAGCAAAGUGAAAGUAAAUUGUCAAAGUCUCCAAUAGCCUCUUCAAAGUCCACUCCUUCCAAAUCACAACCCAAGGUGGAAAGAACAUUAAUUAAUGGAAAACAAAAUCUUUCACUGAGUGGGCGGAAAGCAAAGAAAGAGUUUAAUGUGGAGCCACUCCAUUUCCUGCAGUGCCACAGUAAAAACAACAAUGGGAAUGACUUCAGCACCCAGUUAUGGUCCUGUGCAUUUGAACCAGAUUUGGACACCUCUUUAAGUAAGGUUUUUGCGUCCUCUGGAGGGGACUCGGUGUGUGUUGUUGACUGUGAGACCGGAAAGCUUCUAAAGAAGUAUAAAGUAACUGGAGAGACGUUCUUUACUUUGGCCUGGACAACUCUUACAAUAAUUAAAGAAGGGCAGAAGAGGAAAAUCAAUGUUUUAGCAGCAGGUGGAAAACUUGGAGUUAUAAAACUAAUACACACAAAAGUCAAUCUGGCAUAUGGGGAAAUAAAAGCUCACAAGAAAGCCAUUUCUAUCAUGUGCUUCAGCCCAACACAGGAAACCUUUCUCUUCACUGGAUCUUACGACAAUAGAAUUCUCCUUUGGGAUAUUGGUGUGCCAGAUUAUGAAUACAACUUCAGAGCUAGUCAAUUGUUGACACUCGACACUACCUCUACUCCUUUACGGAUUUGUCCAGUUGCUGCGAGCCCCGAUCAGUACUUGCUGGCUGCUUGUGAAGAUGGCUGCUUUGUUUAUGACAUUAAACUUGCUAAGAACCAGGGAAAAAGGUCUUUUGAUGUAGAACUAAAUUUUCCAAUAUACAAGACUGAAACAAAGAAUGACGACUUCCACGUAAUAGAUGGUCUGGCAUUUCUAAAUGAAGACCUUGUAGCUUCUAAAAGUGCAAAUCAAGGGUCUAUCUACAUAUGGAGCUGGGAGAGAUCGUUCAAGGCUAAGAAAUCAAAAGGCAAUAAGAAACUUGAUGCAGUGAUUUUAGCAGAGCUGAAGUGGUCAAACACUGAUCUCCCUUACAUCACCCUUACUGCAUCACAAGAAGGUCUCUGUGUUUUCUGUGGCGAUGAAGUAGGAAAAAUCUGGAUAUAUGAUCUAGAGUCUUGUAAAGCAGAAUUGAUAAAUGGCAUCCCAAGCAAAAAUCUGAAACCGCCAACAAAGGUAAUUAAUUGGCCAUCUCUUGCAUCCGCUAACGAUAUUGUGGAUGGAUCAAUGAUAAACACUGUUGCUGUGGACCCAACGCUGCGAUACUUGGUAGCAUUGACAGAUAAAAAUCUCAUUGCUGUAUGGAAAAUAUUAUGAGCAAAACAUUUUUAUUUUA